AUGAUGACUGGGGAGGCUACAAUACAUGGGCCCAAGCCUAUUUCAACUUCAUCGCCCGCUGGCCUUGCGGCAGCACAGAUGGUUACACCAGGCAAAUUGUCAAGACUGUUGCUUGAGAAAGGUCCAUUGGCAAUUAGACACAUUACACAGGCUUUAGGGAACGAGAUUCCUAGUUUUAAAGAUUUGUCCUCCUCCAAACAAAGGAGACUUAUUAUGAGUGCCAUGGAGGGAGGAGACCGGGAAGGAUGUGUAGUGUUUGAAAAGAUUGGUUGGGGCCAAUGGUCUGCUAAAGUUGUAGAAGCAGAAAAUUUUACUCGGGAACGAGAACUUACGAAUGCUGCAAAUGCCAAGAUUAAGGAUAUGGUGGCUCAGGAGUCACAAAGGCGUAGAAGUAGUAGUACGCAUAAGGGUAAGAGAGCACCGUUAGCUUCAAAAGCUCCUGAUGGAGUAGUUUAUAUUGAUGAAAAUGCCUUGGCAUCGGAGGAUGAAGAUGAAGAGGAGGAGGAUGAAGACGAAGAAGAAGAAGAAGAAGAAGAAUUGAAGAAUGAGGAUCCUUAUAGCUUUCGUCGAAGGAAAUCGAGUGUUGUAUUUGGAGAUUCAUCCCCGGAAGGGGUCGAGCACGAGCUGCUAGCACAGCGAGUGCGGCCUCUGUUGAAAGGUAGACGUAGUAGGCGGUCAAGUUCCAAGAUUCGUACCCCUUCAGUGUUUAAACCAGGAGCUCAUCUCGAUAUGCCCACAAAUCCAAACUCUGGCGCACAAUCAUCGUCGCUGACUCGCAACAAUAGUGCUACUAAGAUUGAUCUAGAGCAAGUCUCAAACUCAUUAAGCGAGCCCACCUCAAGGCGUGAGUCCCGGGUCUCAUCAUCCAAAGAAUCAAGUAUUCGCUCCACAGUACUACCGCACAAGAACUACCACUGGGUUCCAACAUCAUCACCAAGACUCUCAUACCAGUCCAUGCCGCAAGUACCACCUCUGCUUUCCUCAUCGCAGGCGAACAGCAGGAAAAAACAACACCCAGUAAGGCCAACAGAAAAACACUCGGAUACAGACGAAGAAGACUGGGCCUCUAUUGGGGCUGCAUCAUUACGAAAUAAUAGUGUACCGCCAAAGAUGGAUACAGUCGCUACCUCUCCGAACGGUUUUGUCGCUCCAAAAGUCCCAGACACCGCAGAAGUCCCUUCAAUCGACGAUCAGCUACCACCACCGGCACUCAAUGACAAUCCCAAGUCAGCCAAACCAGCUCCGGAUAGUAACGAUGCCGCCAUACUACUAAUGAGCUUGAAGUCCUAG